AUGGACCGCAAUCUGCUGACUCAUUCGUCGUCUUCGCACAGUGCGAUGGCCUUCUCUAGCGGCAACUCCAUCUUCCGCAACCAGAACGAAGCCGCCCGUCGCGGCUCAGAACGAGCGCGUCGUGGCAGUCGACGGAGCCAGCGGUUACAGCACGUGGAGUUGGAUAUAGAAGCGGCAAGUGUAGCCUCCGCUACUUCUGCUCCUGCCGCCACGACCGAUGCCGAUGGUACUGCGCCUAACGAGGGUCCCGAAGGUGCACACAACCAGGGGCCACCCCAUGCUUGGCCCCACGAGGAAGCCGUCACCGCCAUUCCCGAGCCACCGCGUACAGAUGCGGCAAGCCAAGCGGUCCACCGGUUUUUCGACGAUUGGCUCCUUCUCAAGCGCCAUGAUUCAUCGUCGGAAGGACACGAAUACGAACUUCCCAGGCUGUAUUCAGCCACCGCCCCGGGCUCAAUCCUCAGCCGCGCCCUCAAAGCUCUGGCAUUCGCGCAUGUGAGCCGUCGCGGCUUGAUCCACGACUCGCCGAGCGCAUUGCACUACUAUGGCGAGGCGUUGAGCGGGUUGCGAGAUUUGACGGGCAACGCCCGGGCGUUUGCUGGCGAUGACACGCUGGUUUCUUUGCUGCUAGUGGAUACGUUUGAGUCGACUUUUCUCGGGCGCAAGGAACCUUUGGGAUCGCACAGCGCGGCCAUUCUGCAUAGCUUGCGCGUGCGUGCAGACGAGCAGCUGUGUGGUACCAUGCGCCCGGGCUUCCGGAAUAGCGCUCACCUUCGUCUUCAAGCGCGGCAGCUUGCACUCGGUGAAGACUCGACACCGACGCAGGAUGCUUGGCACGCCUGUCUGAGCUCCGGCGAUCCUGGGCUGGCGGCCUCGGCGAAGAUCCACGACAUGACCCGUUUCUGUACGAGCGUGCGGAAAUUCAAUCGAGUCACCGGUGUAGAUCCAGUAACGAAAGGAGCCUGCGCCAAGCGAUUGCUGGGCCAGGGGCUGUAUCUGGCGGAGUCGAUUGAGGAGCUAGAGAAGCAGUUCCCCGCCGCAUGGAGACCACAAGAAGACACGACCGCACUGCACAAAAUUCUUUCGCUGCCGCUUCCGCAACUUCGAGGCGCAGCGGGUUGGCAGAAGCGCGUGUUCCGCACCUUCUGGUACCGGUCGCAGUGGCAUUUGUACUGCGCGGGCGAGCUGAUGGUGCGCGAGGCCAUCGUCGAGCUCCUCAGUUUCCUGAGCUUGUCAACACUGGAGAGGAAAGUCAGCACAGCGCAGAUGGCGGAGAUUCGCAGCCAGCAAGACCGAAUUCAGACGUCGUGUCGGAGCAUGCUGCUCUCCGUGCAGCAACUGGCUGGACUGGUGGGCCCGGACGACUCUCCCAUCCGAGCAUCGCCGCAGGGCUACAUGAUGCUCAAGAUGCUCGCCUUCGUAGCCAUGACGGUUGUAUCCAAGUCUAAAUCGGCGUUGGAAGACCAGCGACGGGCGAGCGAGCAGAUCGCGCGGGGUUUAUAUCCAUCGCAGGCUUGA